GUCGUUCAGCAUGUGAGGAUUUACUGGAAGUAUCGUUUGUCAGCCGUGACCCCGCCCACAGUUUGAUCGACAGCGGAAGGCCGCCAAUGAGAGGCCUCGAACGCGUUGCGUAAAACAGAAUCGUCCUUGUUUUCAUUCUUUCGUCUAGUCAACAUCUAAUCUGGGCACCAAAAAAGAAUUUAAAAAAAAAGUUUACCCCCCCCCCCAUCCCAAAUCCCAAACCCUAUUUACCCAGAGAGUGAUUAUAUUCGUGCAACCAACAUUCCUCAGUAACAAGUGGUGUUAAAAAGAAGUGUUUAAAGAACCUAUAAUCAAAUAUCAAAGAGGGAUAUUGCACAUAUACGAUAGGCUGCUUAUCACAGCAUACUGAAAACACUCAUACCAACUCUGUCCAGCCUACUAGAAACACAGAAAUGUGUUUUAAAAAGUUAUAAAAAAUACUUUGAUAGAGAUACACAAGAGAAGAGUGACACCCCCUUCGUAAAAUAAGGAUUCAACCAAACAGUUUCAGUCUUUCGGAUGGUGUAAUGCUCCUCGGUGGUUUGUUGGACUAGAAGCUGUUUGGAUGCACUGCGCCCACUGUGGACUCUAUCGACAUCUCGUGGCAAUUAUGAGGUAUACCAAUCAGACGCUGCGGGUAUAUAAAUCUCUUCUGCUUUUAGUUUGUCAGCCUGACAAAAAUUCAGCGAAAGACACGUUUGCUCUUUUUGAUCCCCUUUUUUGUUCCAUUGAUCCAUUGACUUAAAGUACUUUCAGUGAUCGAAUGAAAUAUUAAAUUGUUGCUCCGUAUGGCUGAAUGUACUUAGUCAUUACCACAUGUCCCACAAUCUGCAACAUCUAUUUGCACCAUCAGGAGAUGCACUAAACAACAUGGCCUCAGAGUGUAUGGAACAAGUCUAAUACGGGAAAAUCACAAUUUAGAUGAACGCUAUUAACAUUGGCAUUAUACGAUGACUUAACUGUUAACUGCUGACCUGUCAGAAAUUAAGCUACCCUUAACAAACACAACUCACCCCAAGGGGACAUGUCAGAAUUUUAAUGCAAACCUGUGACCUCUAAACUUAAAUAGAGUCCCUAAGUAUUUUAACAUUAUAGCUGAUGUAUUUUUUUACUCUGAAACGAUCAGAACGCAACAGCGGCUGUCUAAGUGUGACGCAGAGAGCGGAUCCUUUGCUUGUUGCCCCAAGCCGGGGGCCCGUCAUAUCUGUGGGGAACGACCUGUGCUUGGCGCUCACUUGUCCCACAGGGUUCAGCGCUCUCUGCUCGGGCCUGACUCCGCACCUCCCCUGCCAACGGAGCCCUCUCCCCGGCCUGUGAGAUGCGUCGCAAGCUCAUGAUAGAGAAAGCCGGUUACUGAGGUGCAGCAUCUUGGCACUUGAAGAAAUUAGAUGAAUCUUCUCUGCUGGCCGCUGUGAUUUGAAAUGAAUUCUUAAUCUAAACAUCACCUCAAACUCAAAGCGUAACACAUUACCGGUGCAUAUACUUCCUUGUGGUAAAAGAUGUCUUGUUUUUUCCGGGUCCCAAAUCAGUUACCAUUUCAAAAAGGUCUUUGAAAUCAAAGCAAGAAGUCUGAGAGUGGAAUACCAAAAGACGCCUCAACCUGUCCUCUGAGCAAAUUCAAGCAGUUCAGCUUCUCUCCUCCGAUGCAACAACAAUGAUAUAGAUGUAUUUAACCUCACCAUAUUCAACCUGUGGUAAAGUCGUGGAAACCUUUAAUAUUUUACAAACUCUUGAACACAAAUUAGAUAAAGCCUACAACUUCUGAUAGUUAUCAGAGCAUGUUUGGACUGAAAACAUCACCAACUGUCUUUUUUCAGUUUUGUUUUUGUUUUUUGUUUGCUGAAGUAAAUUUGUUUCUGUCUGCGUCACCACACGAGGGCCGUGUUCACCUCAACACACAUUCUUAAAAAAAAUAGACUGCAACUGUAAAUUAUGCCAUUGGAGCGUCUGCAAUCUGUAAUAAACACAUUAUAACAAAACUGAGGAUAAGUACAUUUAUCCAGUUCAUCCUAAAAAUGCAAACUGCUAGGAAUUAUCUUCCGUGGUGUAAUAACCAUCUCCAAAACCAUCAAAAUAAAAUUUACAAAAGUACAAAAUAAGCCUGUUGUGUGUAAGUGUUGUAAACAAAUACCCCCGGAUUCACCUUUAACUUGUCAUGUAAUGUGACCUGGCUGUCAUGUGACCACGUAUCACGUGACAAUCAAUAAAAGGGACCCUGAGUGAAUAGCGAUGGCAACCGGGCGGCUCCCAUGUCGGUUGUUAGGGCUCCAAAGCUCAAAACACACCCUGUGCCGUGCAGCUUCUCAUCACAGAAAGGGACUUGGCUCCCGGGUACUUUUUGUGCCUGCACCAGCUCUCAUGUUUCACCAUUUGGAUGCCAGUUAUUGUUUAUUCAUCACUUGCACGCAACAGGUGUCAGUACCUUUCCUGGAAGUGAAUGUAAGAUUACAAUGGAGGUCAGAGCUGAAUUUUAAGGCAUUAAAUACAGAGUCCACACAGCCUCCGAGGAUCAUGUUGCCUGUUGGGACACCAAGUGGGAGUUCAUGUGUAUGUGUGUCAGGCGCUGAGGGGAAGGAGUUACGGGGAGAAAGGACAAACCAUUGCAGCACUGCUUCACUCGCUCCAUCACACCAAACAAAGUACUUGUUCACUAAUGAACUCGAACACGGCGAGCACGGCUGAGAUGGUUAAACAGAGUAAAGUUGAGAUCAACGGCGAGGAGAACAUCGAAGAUAAAAAUGCAGGGAGACUGGGAUGUUUCGGUUGGCUGUUGGUCCUUAUAUCCUUCCUCUUUGUAACAGCGACCUUCCCCAUCACAUUAUUUAUGUGUGUUAAGAUAGUGAAGGAGUACGAGCGGGCCGUCAUUUUUAGACUUGGCCGGAUCACGGACCGGAAACCUAAAGGGCCAGGACUUAUGUUUGUUCUGCCCUGUACUGAUACCUUUGUGAAAGUCGAUCUGAGAACAGUGUCCUUUGACAUCCCUCCACAAGAGAUCCUAACGAGAGAUUCGGUGACGGUGUCGGUGGACGGUGUGGUGUACUUUCGCAUAAACUGCCCCAUCUCAUCCGUGGCCAAUGUGUCCAACGCACACUCAUCUACACGGCUGCUGGCUCAAACCACCCUGAGGAAUGCACUGGGGACCAAAAACCUUGCAGAACUGCUGUCCGACAGAGAGGGUAUAUCACUCAGUAUGCAGGAGUCUCUGGAUGAGGCUACAGAUCGGUGGGGUAUUAAGGUGGAACGUGUGGAGAUCAAGGACGUGAAGUUGCCUCACCAGCUGCAGAGAGCCAUGGCGGCAGAGGCAGAGGCUAGUCGGGAAGCCAGAGCGAAGAUCAUUGCUGCAGAAGGAGAGAUGAACGCUUCCAGGGCUCUGAAAGAAGCCUCCCUGAUUAUUGCAGAGUCACCCUCUGCCCUUCAGCUGCGAUACCUGCAGACCCUCAGCAGCAUUGCAGUAGAGAAGAACUCUACCAUCAUCUUUCCUUUGCCCAUAGAUAUAAUGCAGAAUUUUAUGAAGAGGCAAUGAUUAUAUUAUUGUGCCUUGCGUGUACACUGUAUAAGAUUGGCAUAGUAUUCAAUAGAAUAAUGAUCACUUAAAGAAAUAUCCACAACAAAACACACAUUGGUACAAUUAUUUUCCUCAUUGUGAUUUAAUACUUAAAUACAAAGUGGGACAUAUACACUAGAUAUUCCCCAAAGUCUCAUCACUGAUCACAAUACUCUAACCAGUUAAGCUGCAGUUGCGGUUGCGGUUUCGGAGAAGGCCAAAUAAAUAAUUAUAUAUAAGAAAUACACAUGGAAAUUAAAACGGAGAACAAUGCACGACAACCUUAUGCAGACAUGCUUUCAUUAAACCCCAUCCAGAGAAUAACUUCUGAAAUACAAUCUUUACAGAACAGAAGUCCUGUAAACGGUCAACAGGAGAGCAAACGUCCACAGGAAACAUUGGAUGCAAACUGUAAACAAAUCCCUAUUAUUCCAGUGCCAAACAAACAUUCAGUAAAUGAGUACAGGGUCAUGUCCACAGGACACAGAGGCAAUCAAUGCACCCGGGGUACCUGAUGGAGAGAAAUAUAAUUUCCGCCCACAGCCGGGCCCACCAAGUCAAACAUAAUCUACUUAAUGUCCCAACAGUACAUGCAAAUUAACUACAACCAAGUCCUUGUCUGAGCAGAUUUCCAGAUUUUAUGGAUCUGGGGUAAUAUGUCACAAUGAGGCAAAAUUUCUUUAAAGUAUUUGUGUAAAUCUGGUGAUGCUCUAUGUUCUUUAAAAUAUGUAUGCACAUUCUGUACAUACAUGUCAUGUUUUGCAAAGAAUACAUUGCAAAAUAGACACAUGAAAAAAGAAUUAUAUGGCAGUUACUUUCCCUUUGUUACUUUCUUCUUGAGACCUGAGAUUAUUCUCUACAAUGAGAAAUUAGAGAAAUUAUCUUUGAAAUUUUCAGGAUAUAAUUCUUGAUUGUUGCUCUUAAUAGAAAUUGCUCUUCAUUCUCAAAUGGAAAAUAACGACGCCCAUAAUAGAUUCUUCCGUUAUAUUUGCUCAUAAGAGCUUCUCUUGUGAAUUUCAGAACACAUUGAAAAAAAACAGGAACAAAUUGAUUGAGAGUACACUUAAAUAAAGAUCUAAUGCAACGUA